AUGUAUAAUAACAACCGAAAAUCAUUGCUUGGAAGUUACAAAAUAAUUCAGCAUGUUUCUUCAAAAAUAAUUGGCUUAGCGCCGUGGACACUAAAAGUUUCCAGUAUAUUCUCAGAUCGUCAACAAAUUCCCAACAGAAAUAUAACUUAUUCUUCUUCAUGGGUUGGAACAGUGUACAACAUUAUUCUUUUUUUGGGUAUCGCUUCGUUUGGUAUCUAUAGAAUGAUUGUUAACGCAAUGAGCCAACGAUUCAGUAACUCAUUGCUUUCAAUGACAAUUUAUCAAUUGUUGUUCGUGACACUGAUAAAUGCAAGCUUUAUACCGUUGAUUUAUAUCAUUCGGCAAAAGUCCAUAAUGAAAGCGAUUAAUAAUCUAAAAAUUGUGGACUUUCUAUUGAGUCAGUGCGCAGAUUACACGCUAGAAAGUGAUUACACCAAUGACGUAAUCUAUGCCAUCAAUAUGCUUAUGAAUUUUGGUCUAAUCACUUUGGAUCUAUUCAAUAGUCUAGUGAUGAGUGUCUUGUUCGAAAGCAUACCCAGUAUUAUCAGCAGCGGGGUGAUGAUCCAAUACGCAAUUCAGCUAAAUAAAAUGAAUAGAAGGUUCAGCAGCAUCAAUUCAGCGUUUUCAAAGCUGGGAAAUCACAAUUUAAAGUCUGAUAUUAAUUAUGUGCCAUCAGAGACGCAGGUAGUCCAAUCACGCGCGCUUAUUCUUCAUGCGAUUGACAUAACCAAGAAGGCGUACAUCGAACUGUGCGAAAUAUGUGAAAUGAUUACCGACUUCUACGGAAUUCCAAUUUUAAUUGCCAUUUUUUCGUUUUCUGUUAGGGCUUUAUUUACGGUUUAUAUUUCGAUUUUGUCAAUUCUGCAAAUUCAAUUUUCUACCAUACGAUGGUAUCUAUUGGCAAUACGUAUAAUAUUUGCGAUUUUUUUAUUUACGACGCUGACUUGUAGUGUAACCACAAUAGCAAAACAGAAUAAAAGAUUGGCAUUGAUCAUUAGCCAUCAGACGGAUCAACCUGAAAUCGAUGAGAAAGUUGAAAAAAAUCUAUUAAAAUUCGCAAGUGACCUUCGUCAUUUGAAGGUUGAAGUAACUGCUUGCAAUAUUAUACCACUUGAUC